GAGAGAGAGAGAGAGAGAGAGAGAGAGAGAGAGAGAGCGAGCCAGCAGGCGAGUGGCUUCGCUGGCUAGGGCAGAUGGGUUUCUCCCUCGUGCGGUGCUCAGUCUGAGCGUAUCUGCCGUGCAGUGACGAUGCCUAGUUACCCCACACAAAGGGCGCAGGAGCAUGGUUCCACAGGGAUGAUACAAGGCAGCCUAGCAUAACGUUGUGCAACGGUAGAGUAGCAACAUAUCGUCCUCCGCUUCCGGGUUUCGGGUUGUGUGCGUCUGUGUGUGUGUGUGCGUGUCUGUGUGUGUGUGUCUAGAAGUGGGGUGCCGUAGCUAUGUGCUGCUGCUCGCUGGUGCCGCCCGUAGUGCCAACAGUGUGAAGCGGUGCAACAAAUGAAGUGCGUAGCGCGAACGGUGAAGCUGGUGGCGGCGGCCGCCACGGUGGCACUGCUGCUGCUUGCCGGCCCGGCCGCCCCGAACGGUGCCCCGCGCCCCCCCUACCCGGGGAUGCAGCUGCUCAGCGAGUCCGUGCACGACGAGCGGACGGCGGGAGGCGGGGGCGGCGAACUGCUGCUGCCGAAGGACGCGGGGGGCGAGGGCCCGGCCGGGCCGAGCCCGCUCGGGCUGGCGGGUGUGCUGGUGCCGCGGGACAGCCUGCUCUACCCGGGCGGCCGGGAGUCGAUGGCCGCCGCCCAGGAGCAGGAAGAGGAGGAGGAGGAGGAGGAGGAUGAGGAGGAAGAAGAAGAAGAGGAGGAGGAAGAAGAAGAGGUGGAGGCGCAAGAAGCUUUGGCAGGGGAGGAGGAGGAACCGGAACGCAAUGCAGCCAACGAGGAGGAGAACCUGCUGGAGGAGGAGGAGGAGGAGGAGCCGACAGAGGAGACGGGGGAGAGCCGGCGCUUUCCCACCUAUUACCUGCGGCCCGGGCCGGCUGACGCUGACCAGCGGCGGCGGUCGAACCCGUGCGGGUCCGGCAUCGUGGAGCAGCUGAAGUCGGCGGAGCACGUCGUGCCGGUGCGGCGCAGCCCGGAGGAGGAGGACAACAACUUCUACAUCGACGUCAGCCACGAGCUGCUCGAGACGGGGCCGGGCAUUGUGCCGCGCGUAGUAUACCGAGUGGAAGCGAGACGCUCGCCGGACACGGAGAUACGCGACUUCUACGUGGAGUCGCUCGCCGGGGAUCCGUACAGCUACGAGCAGGUGCCGGGGCGCCCGAUCGGCCAGUUCACUGGCCACCGUGCGCACGGCAGCCAUCACGGGUACCGGCAGGGCCCGGAGGACGCCGACAGUCUGCCGCGCAGUACCUGGAUCGACGAUAUGGAGAUAGACUGGCUGCACCAUGCAUUCGGCGGGGCACAACAGCAGCACAAGCAGCAGCGCGUUAUAUUCGGCGAACCGUCCUAUCCCGGGUAUUUCGAGGCGGACGGCAACCAAGACCCGGCCCCUCGGUCAUCGGGCGCUGAGGAGGAGGACGGCGAGCCUGGAGCUCUGGAGGACAACGCGCUCGAGUUCGGCAGCCGGAAGCGACCCCCGGGCGGCAGACGGACCCACCGUGGAUGUCCCCGCCACGUCUGGAAGCAUGACGGCAUGUACGGGGAGCGAGCGACGAUCAGCUGGACCGUCCCGGAGGUGCUGCCGGCACACGGGACGGCCUAUUUUAACGACAGCGGCGGUGGCGCGACGGCCACCGGGGCGCAGAAGCCGGCUAACACUAUUUACUUUAGAAUACUUUAUCGUACAAUGACUAGUUACGUGAUCUAUGAACUGAUCUACACAAUGGUGCUUUUACAAGAGUGUAGCUUAUAUCUCAGGCAGGCGCAGGGCACGAUCGCUUCGAACAGGCUGCCGGCCGGCUACCAGGACUGCCGGCUCGUCUUUCCUACGCGCCCGACCGUGGCCCCGUCGGAGGAGCUGCCCGGGCUGCUGGUGCAGCUGACCCGCCUCAACACACCGUGCCGGGGGGGCGGAUUCCUGCGCUUCCUGCCGGACCCGACGGCCAGCCCGACCGUCGGUGCACCGCCGGCCGGUGACGGCGAACCCGGCAGCCCGCCCGCCACCGCCAUAUCCCUGUGCGGCAAGCUGGAGGAGCUGCCCGCCGCGGGCCGGGCCUUUCACUUCCAGUCGCACCGCAACACCACCCUGUGGCUGCACCGGGCGCCCCUGUUUAGCCUGCAGUACCGGCUGGUCGACUACUGCUACAACAUGACGCUGCGCGACCAGAACGGCACGGUCCGGCUGCGACCGGGAUCGGCCCCGCUCGACUGCUACUUUCGCAUCCAUCUGCCGUACGGGUACCGGGUGGCGCUGCAGCUGCUCACCAACGGUCCCUCCACCCUCAACGACAGCCGGGAGGAGGCGAUCGCGAUCGCGCUCGGCACGGUCGGUGAGCAGGACGGCGGCAAUGCCGAAUACCUCGCACCGAUCCGUUGCUCCUCGACCGGUGGCAUGCUGGUGGCGGUCUACGAGGACGCCCAGCACCGGUGGACGGCGUGUGUCAAUGGGAGUGCGGCGCCGGCCCGCUACCUGCUCACCACCACCGGCAACAGCGUGGUGGUGAAGGUUAGCAAGCUGCCCCAACCGACUGCUGUGCAGCCAGGGAUCGGGGCUUCCGGUGCGCCGGUCCCCCCAGCAUCAUCGCCUUCCUCAUCACCCCUGUCACCAUCAUCCUCAUCAUCCUCGGCAGCGCUGCCGGCGCCGGACAACGGCACUGCGACGCUGCUGUUCGAGUACCGGGCGAACCCGAUUGAAUCCAUUACUUCACGUUGUGCCUUCGGUUGGAUAGCAACCACGCAGUUCUGCAUUGCCCCGGUCGAGCGGCGGCUACCGUGGCAGGAGGCGGAAGCGGAGUGUAACCGGCUCGGUGGCCAUCUCAUGUCGAUACGCUCGAGCGAGGACCAGCAGCUAAUCGACCAGCUGCUGUUCAACAGUCCCGGCUACAAAGACGACAAUGCGUACUGGAUUGGUGCGUCGGAUCUCAUCGUGGAGGGUGACUUUCGGUGGAACGACAAGUUUGCCUUCACAUACUCGAACUGGUUCCCGGGCUGGGUGCACCAGGAAAACUACAACCGGCAGCCGAACGACGACGGGCUGAGCGGGCAGGAUUGUGUGGAAAUUCGGCGCCACUUUCAGAUUGCAGCGAGCGGUGGCCAGACCGUCCCGACCGUGAGCCCGCUGACACUGUCGUACAUGUGGAACGAUCGGAACUGCGACGCCCGCAACUACUUCCUUUGCGAGCGCAUGAUGGAUGAAGAACUACCGGAGCGGCUUUGGAACGAGUCGGAAUGUAACGUUACCGUAACGCUUAGCGCGGAACGUCCGAAGGCAACGGUGUGGAGUCCGGGCUUUCCGCAGCAGUAUCCCGACAGUGUUGACUGCUACACGCUGAUCCAGGCGCCGGUCGGGUACCGGGUGGUGCUGGACUUUGAGGAGAUGGUGCUAGAAAACGAACCACUUUGCUCCUACGACUACCUGCAGCUGGUUGAACCGGACGGGAUCGGCCCGUACGUCCCGUCCAAGUCGGCGAAGGACUUUUCCAGCACGGUGCUGUUUCGCUUUCGCAACUCGCGCCACAGCGGCCGGUACAGUGCGGCACAGCAUCGGCGCAAAAGCACCAAAACGGGGGGCCAGAGCGCGCCGGCCACCGGCGAUCCAGCCGGUGGUGAGCAGUCUGGGCCGCCCCGGACCGACAUCAGCUUCAACGUGCCGAGCAUUGUGCUGCAGCCGAGUGACGCCCGGUACACGAGCAGCCUGCCCCUGCCGGAGCUGAGCCUGGGCAGCGUGCCGCGCAAGAUCUGCGGCGACUGGAGCUCGAAGCUCAAGCUGCUGCGCUACGUCACGGCGGGCCCGUCGCUCGGCGUCCGGUUCGUGUCGGACUACUCGAACAACUACGGCGGCUACAAGGCGAAGAUCUCGAUGGAAAACGUGACAUCCGAGUGUCACGACGAGCGGUUCAAGGCGUACAACAACUCCUGCUAUCUGAUCAUCUCCUACCCGGACGUGGACUGGACGACGGCUCAGCAGAUUUGCCGCGGAAUCGGGGCACAGCUUGCCUCCAUUUCCACCACCGACGAGCAGAGGUUCAUCACGUCCAACAUUCGCAACAGCCUCGACUAUACGCCGCGCUCGCUGUACUGGGUCGGGGGCGAGAUCACCAACACGGGCAGCCUGGAAUGGGUGGAUGGUGUGAAGCUGCUGUUUGAGGGUUGGUUGCCCGGCCAGCGGCCUGAGAAGGCGGACCCGAGCAAGCUACCCUCCUGCCUGGGGCUGCAGUGGAAGGUCUCCCCGACGCCCAUGAUAUCCUCCGGGCUGCACUGGACCGCCCAGAAAUGCUCCACGAUCGGUGGGUACGUGUGCAAGAAGCCGCGGCCCCGUCUGGACGAGACGAUGGUCCGGAACCAGACGCUGACCGGCACGGAGGGACAUCUGUUGUCACCGGGCUACCCGAACCCGUACCCCGCCCAGACCGACUUUUGGAUACGGAUCGUGGCGCCAGAGCACCGGCGCAUCAUCAUCCAGUUCCAGAAGCUGGACCUGGAGCACCAGGACGAGUGUCUGUACGAUUACAUCAGCCUGCAGAACUAUCCGAUACAGCCGAAUGCCAGGGGGGCCUACUCGGGCGCAGCCUCGGGCGGCGAGGGGCCUGCACCGUUGGCCGACUACUUUCACGGUGGCCACAAUGGGAGCAGCGCGAAGCUGAAAGAGCACAGCAGUGCCCCGGCGGCCAGUCAGCCGAUGGACGCAAAGAAGCAGGUGCCGGCCUUUCCGGACGGCUGGGAUAAUCGCAACCCUCUGCCCGGUACGGUAAGGUUUCAGCGCCGCAUCCGGUACGUGAGCAGCGGCCCGGGCGCCGAGUACGCCGGGGGGGCUGGUGGCGAACCGGUGGAUGGGGCUGGAGAUCGGGAGGCAGCCGUCAACCUGCUCAACCCGGGCACGCUGCUGCCCGAUCCGCUACUGCCGUUCGACGAGCUGACGCCCUCCUUCCUGCCGUACGUGCGCUGGUGCGGCACGCACGACAGCAACAUGGCCCGGUUCAACUUCAUCUCGACCGGCAACGAGGCGAUCGUGCGCUUCCAUUCCGACUUCUCCAUCAGCGGCACGGGCUUUUCGGCAACGUGGAGCACGGUCGAUAUGGCGGGCUGCCCGCUGCAGACCAUCACCUCGAAGGAGGGCUCGAUCCGCAGCCCGAACUAUCCGUACUUUCUGCUGAACAACGUCGACUGCACGUACGUGAUACAGGCACCGUACGGGCGGCGCGUCUGGCUCGAGUUCGUGCUGACCGAUCUGGCGCAGGACGCGACGCUGCUGGUCGACAUUGCGGACGGUCCGUUCGAGCCGUUCGCCGACGGGUCGCACCUGAACGACGGCGUGUUCGUGAGCAAGGGCGAGCGGCUGGUCGUGCGGUUGCGGACGGGCGCCACCCCGCGCGGGAAAGGGUUCCACGCGAACUUCAAAACACUGGCCCACGUGAACGAGCAGCGCUACAUAACGCUCUCAAACAAGACGACCGGCAUGCUGUACUCGCUCAACUACCCGGAAGCGAUGCCGUACGAUGUCGACUACACGCAGCACCUGAUCGCACCGCUCGGCGAAGUGAUCCUGCUGGAGCUGUACGGCGUAGGCUUCAGCCAGCACGGUUGCCAUCAGGCCGGCUUCAUCGAGAUCUACGACAACUACACCGACAGCAACGGCACGCUGUGGCAUCUGUGCGAGCAUCACGCGACAGGCAAACCGGCCGGUGUGGAGCCGGAACCGGCAAAGCAGAGCGGUCUGGAGUACACCCACUACCCAGCGGCGCACGGUAUUGCUGCCAAGCUGAGGCAACCGGUCGGGCCGGGGCAGCACGGGCUGGGCAAACCGGCGCCGAUCUACAUCACCUCCUACCUGAACACGAUCCACAUCCGGCAGCGGAACGCGAACGGCACCGGCAUCCGGUUGAACGCGACCGUCCGGCUGCAGGAGGACGCCGGCUACAAGAUGAAGCUGAUCUCGAACACGGACGAGUGGGUGGAGAGCUGCCGACCGAACCCGUGCCAGUACGGCGGCAAGUGCAUCAGUGCGGGCCCCGGGCACAGGCGGGGCAUCUGCCAGUGUUACGGCCACUUUACCGGGCGCUUCUGCGGCCUCAACAUCUGCGAGCUGGAGCCGUGCUUCUUCGGCAAGUGUGAACUUACGCCCACCAGCUUCAAGUGCAACUGUCAGCCCGGGUUCGUCGGGGUGCGGUGCGACCAGCGCCAGAAGCCCUGCGCCGACAACCCGUGCGAAAGCCGGGGCGAGUGUUUCGAGAAGAACGGGGGCUUCUUCUGCCGCUGCCACGCCUGGUGGGAGGGCGCCCGGUGCGAGAAGCGCAUGAUGCACAUACCGUACAAACCGCUGUCGGAGCGGAUGCUGCAGGAACCGUUCUGGCUCGGGCUGAUCACCGUGUUCGUGGUGCUUGCCGUGAUCGGGCUGGUCUGGUGCGCCAAGCGCCACUUCCCGGAGAAGAUCGAGAAGCUACUCGCGGACGAUACGCAGCUGAAUCGAAGCACCUUCCCGCCGCACCAUCUCAACACUGCCUUGCGCGAGCAGCUGCAGGCUUCCGCCGGUACCGUUUCCUCCUCGAACGCCACUACCCCCGCAUCGCACCGGACAAUCUUUGGACGAUUGGGUAUAAGAAAACCAUCCAUAUUGAGUCUCAGCAGCCCACAGCAAGUUGGAGGGGCUACCGCUAGAACAUUUUCUUUAGAUGAUCUUUUACGGCCCCCUCCUCGACGCACACCAUCGCCACGGAAGAAGCGUAACAACUCGACGCCAACGAAGAAGAACGUCAACGAGAAGAAGCAGAUACUGCAGCAGCUCGUGUCGCCCGCCCAGAACGCAGCCACUAAAGUCAGCCUCGGCGAGCUGAUCCAGCUGUCCGAGACGCGGCUGAAGGCGAACUACGCCGAGUCGGAGGCCGGCCUGAAGGAGACGACCUUCUCGGAGAACUCGCUCUCGGUCACGUCGAUGGUGCGCCAGAUCUCGGACCCGAAGCUCGAGAAGAAGGUCACGUUCGCCCGGCUGCUCAGCAAGGUGUCCGCGGAGAUGAGCUCCGGCUCGGAGGACCUAGCGAAUGGAGCGAAGCAUUCUAGUGCCCUAAGUCUUCCAAACGAGGUACCGCCACGCGCAAAUUCCGUACCGCCGUCGCCGUGCACAAACGAAAUCCGGUCGCCGCACAGUACCUCGUCGAACCAGGGCAGCGAUUCGCUCUCCAGCUCCGAGCUGGCGCUGCACGACUUUGGGCUGCGCAGCAGCAGCCGCCGGGCCCGGCCGAAGGUGUCGAGCGCCGACUCGAUACUGGCGAUGUUCAAGAACUUUGCCGCGUCGAGCAGCGCGCUCAACACGCUGCCGUCGUCGAUCAUCAUCUCGCCGUCGUCGACGCCGACCGCCUCCAGCCCGCAGGACGACGUGCCGGGCGAUGACGAUUCGUCCACCUCGUCGAACCACACGCCGGUCAGCUACUCGAGCGGCGGCACGUCCGACUCGCCCGUCUUCUACCGCCAGAGCACGAUCGAGGUGCCGGUGCUCGACGCGCUCAGUGCGCACAAGUCGUCGGUGGUGGUGUCGGCGGCGGCGGCGGCGGCAGCCACCGGCAGCGGCAGCAGCGCCAGCAGCUGCAGCUCGUCCGCCGGCUCGGCCCAGCUGCACCCGCCGACGAUCCUGCUCGAGAUACCGAGCAACGGCAUCAACAACAAGUGUCUGUCGCCGAUCCGCGAGAUGCCGACGCCGAUACCGUCGCCCGCGCUGACGCCGAUCAUGCCGCGGCCGCAGCGGAUGCGCACGCCCCAGUCGAUCCACGACGAGUCGAUGUCGGUGACGUUCAACAGCGGCUACGAGGACUAUCACAAGUCCCAUCAGCUUUCGAUCGAAAUACGGCCGCCGCCGCCGGACGAGCCGGAGCGCGGCGACUACUCGUCCUCCUCGCCGCCCGACAGCGACCCGACCGGCGACGGGCCGGCCGGUUUGGGCGUGCCGAUCAUCGCGAUCGACAUCCAUCCGCCGACGCCGGAGCGCAAGAGCCCGGAGCGGCCGCGCGACCUCAUCAUACCGCAGCUGGUGAUACAGCACCCGAGCCCGACCAAGGAGCGGACGGCGGUGGUAGUGAUACCGGGGUCGCCGCCGCCCCAGCGCGCCAACCACACGCUCGACGCGACCAUACUGGCGGGCGGUGGGACCAGCCGGCAGCAGCACCAGAAGCGAUUUCUGAAGCAGUGGGAAAAACCAACCUCGCUCGAUCUCCCGUUCGAUCCGCCGAUGAUCACGAUCACCUGCAACAGCAGUGAGGUCGUGUCGGAUGCGGAAGCUCCCUCGCCGGCCCAUCCUCUGAUGUCCAAAGGUUCCCGUGCGAACGGUGGGCCCGGUGGGCUCGGCCCACCCGGUAGCUCCGGCGGCAUGUGCUACCUGAGCCCGUUCUCGAUGUGUAUCCGCGGCGACCGCGCUCCGUCCGAAAGCAAUCUCAGCUCGUCCGGCUACUCCAGCAUGGCCAGCCCCGGUCCGAGCCGGUGUGGUUCGAACAAUCCCCUCUUUCCGAACGAAUCCGACGACCCUGGGUCAGGCCCGCCCGGUCCCGGCGGCUAUUCCGGCUUUCACGCACUGAUCAACAAUCGACGACAAUCAUCUAAUGUAAGGAAAAAAUCAACCGACAGUGGCAACGGUGCGGGUGGAACGCACGGCGGCCACACCGCAGGCUACAGCCACCAUCAACCGUCCUCGUUUCGGCUGCGCUCCGACUCCGAGACGCUGUCGGACGAGCCGCUACUCGAGUCGAAUGACGAGGGCAUCGGGACGGACCAUCUCGAUGAGAAGAUCGAGGAGGGCGAAAUCCGGAGCGCCAAGGAGCUGGAGCUGUACCUCGGCAAGGAGCUGAUCCAAACCGGGCAGGACAUUCUGAGCCAGGAGAGCCUCUCCAUGUCGCAGCUGCAGCUGCCCGCCAUCGUGAUCCAGUCGGACGCGGGCUACGAGAAGCCGUCGCCCGUCUCCUCCCGCUCGGACAGUCCGCUGAGCGAACGCAACGCCAGCAUGGAGCGCUUUUCGCCCAUGUUCUACGGCAAGAAGGACCAGCAGCUGCCGUUCACCGACUCGGACGGCCUGUACGACUUCCCGUCGUCCGAUGGCAAGGGCGGCACGGGCAGCACGGUGGCGACCGCGCACCGCAAAUGCGUCGGCCGCAGGAAGGAGCGCCGGGUGGCCCGCACCGACCGGGCGGCAGCACUGCAGUCCCCGUCCAAGGGGACCACCACCACGGUGCUGCUGGAGAUACCGGGCAGUAAGGAGUCCGCGGCCGGUGGCCAGCCGCACGGUCAUCAGCACAAUGCGGCCGGUGGGAAGUUCGUCGGGACGGUGCCCACCACCCGCAAAAGCCCGAAGCGACGAGUACAUCGGCCGCCGCUCGCCAGCAGCUCCUCGUCCACCGAGUCGCUAACGUCCAUGCGGGAGUACGCGAUCCGAUCGUGCAAAGAUCUAACCAGCGUGACGCAACUCUCCGCCGCGAAAGAUUCGGCGGAAGGGUGCAAUUAUGGCGAUGCGAAAGGUGAGGAAGCGUCCACCAACCCGAUGGUAGCGAAACCACCGGCCCCGGCAGAAGAGAUCCGCAAGCCACCGUACAAAAUUCGCCGGCUGAAAGCGAUCGGCAAUCAGAUCAGGUUUUUGCGUCGCCUGGAGCGGAGCAUCCACCGGAAGGAGCAGCCGGCCCAGCCGUCCGACGAGGACCUGAUGAGCGAGGGCGGCGGCAUGAAGGAUUCGCCCAAGAUGUCCUCGCCGCUGAUCCGCUUCAAGCAGUCGCAGAUCGACGAGGAGGACGAGUCGGAGGAGGACGACAGUAAGAGCAGAUACUACUCAAACGCGCUGAGCAAGCAGCAGCAGCAGCUUCAGCAGCAGCAGCAGCAGCUGCUGCUCCCGGCAGAGCCGAACGCCGCCAACUCGAACGCCCGCCAGCACGGCAAGAUUUCGCGGCAGCGGCGCGUCCCAAGCCACGACUGUUACGCAGCCAAGCCAUGGUCCGAGGCAGAGUGCAAGCUGCUCGGCGGGGACGUCACCAGCGACUGAGGGGUGAAGGGGCAGGUGGAAAUGGGGAAGAAUUAGCUAGGCCGCAUCGAAAACGUACACAAACUAAACCCAGCCCCGCUACUAAGUAUUUGUAACGUAGCGUAACCUACCGUAACGCAAUGUAACGUUUCGUAACGUAACGCACCGUAACGUAGCGUAACAGAGCGGGCGUGUCAGAGUCAAAGACAGUUGAAAUUAAAUUACUAAUAGCAAUAUAGCGCACGGAAAACACACACACACUCACUCACACAAGUUCUCUUACAAACAUGCAUAUAGCAAAAGCAUAAGCAAAACAAAACAAUAGAAAAACCACAAGGCAGCAUAGGAAUAGAACGCCACGAUGCGUGAUAAAACAGAGCAGAGUGUUACUAAGUCCUUGCAAUGCGCAAUGGAGAGCAAAGAAAAAAACAACCUGACAUCCACUCGCUACUAAAACGCUGCUACGAUAAACGAUUUUGCAAAUGUUUAUAUGUGUUCAGUUUCCGAUCUAAAACAUUUUAAACGCAUGUUGCAUGUAACGCAUACGAUGUGAAUAUGUAUUAUAUAACGUGUAGAACAGAUAGAAAUGUGAAUUAAUAUUCAGAAGCAGCAGCGAGCGAGCGAGCGAGAGAGAAGUAGCUACUUAUGGAAGUAAAACAAAACGAGUAUUUUUUUGCUACUGAUAACACUUACCCCACUGGCUUAGUAAUUGUGCCCGACAGUAAGACAGUUUGCACCACCACAUAGGCACUCUGAGCGCACGCACACACACAUACAAACACACCCACACACAAACAUAAUUGCACUCAUCCUCACAACGUAGUAGCAACUGGCAGUAGAUAGCACCGUCAUAAGCACCAGCACACGCACGCACUGGUUAGAGUAGUGUUGAAGAUUAGUCAAACCAGCAAGGAAAAGAAGCAGAUAGAAAAAUAGUAAUCAUAACUACGAAUACAUCACCGGAACAGAGACUGAUUUUCUAACGUAAGUGAAACCAAGCAGCAACCAAAAACAAAACAAAACAAAAACGGGCAAACGAGUGCAUCUAAAAGAGGGUGCUCACAAACACACUGAAACACUCACACAUACACACACGCGCACACUGUUUCAGUUAGCUUGCGCUCCAUUACCGCCCAUCUUAGGUGGGUGUGAGUGUGUGUUUGUACAAUAUCGAUAGAAAGUCACUCGAGCUCGUUGUGUGUGCGUGUGUGUAUGUGUGUGUGUGUGUGUGUGUUUGCUACUAUUGGCCCCUUGUUCGGUGCACUUAGGUUCGGUCACAGUGGGUGUGAGUGUGUAUGUGUGUGUCGUCCAUUAGGUGUUGUAUUUAUUCUCCAUCGCUACUUGGAUUCUCGAUUUAAAUGGUGAACUAAUGUUAAUAGAUGUUUGUAGUACGAUCAAAUAGUAACAUUAUUACAUCGUCACACUCACAACCCACACACACACACACACACACACAUACACACAUCGUGUUUUUAUGUCGUUUGUUGCGUCACAGUCGUGGUUCAGGCACAGGUAACAAAAAGAAUAGGGAUGAUUAUUCAGUCCCACACUAAGCCAUAAAAUAGGUGUAGUCACUCACGCACAUAUGCUCAUCUUACGGAUCAAUGUCGUUUGCUUUCGUACACCGUACCGUGUAACAUUGCCACGCGCAUACACACACACACACACUCAUUCAACCCUCAUUAGUCGUAAUGCCACGGGGCAGGGAAGGAUACUCUGUUUCAACGUGUUUUACCAAAUGCUACUAGUUCAAAUAGAGGGCGCCACCAGCGCCCAGUGUGUCCAGCAGUUGGUGUUGGUGGCAAGGCGAACCCUUCUUCUUUAAAUGUGUACAUUUUGUUCCAUUUUCGUACCGCAGCAGCUCGUGCAUGUCGUGUCAGAACUAAACUGACUAAAUACACUCUCACUCACACAAAACAUCCCUACAAACAUUUGUCCGCUGGUGUGCAUAGUUUUUGUUUGUUUGUUCGAAAGGAAGAACAAAACAAAAAACUAAAAAAAAGACGAAGCAAAUAUGCAACAAAAUCAAUACAAAUAAUGUUAGCUUUAAGUCUACAUUGGAUCCGGUGGGGGAGGGGAAGGGAAGAGAGAAGGAACUCAGCAUACGGGUUGCAAGCGAACUACAAAUCCCAAUUCAAGAUUUGCCUUCCACAAACAACAACCACACUACUCAACAACUACGUCACGUACACCAAACACUCACACGAACGCGCGCGCGUACAUACUACUUACACUUACGCUGGUAUUUGUGUGUAAGGUUUGCGUUGAAAGGAAAAAAAAACUAAAACCAAAACAAAAACAAAAACAAGGAAAACAAACCAAAACUGACGACUACGUCCUAAGCUUUCGAGUACUUAUAAGUAGCAUUUAAACGAAACAAACACAAAACCAAAAAAAAAACUCUAUUGUUCCGUUAACUGUUGAUUGUUUUGAUGCGAUUUUGAUGCGUAACGCCUACUACAAAUUUACGAAAACUAUUGCGGAAGCGUGCAGGAAGCAACCGGCAACGGAAGUGGAAAAUGGAAACAAACAUCACUACUACCGUGUGCUCUACACGUCUUACAGAGAUUUAAAACUAGGACCAAAAAACGAAACACAUGAUGUAUAAUCAUACCCUUACUUAAACAAACAAAAGAACAAACAAAAAAAAAGCCCAAACGUACGAACGAAACAUAAAACAAGAGAAAAAAAGAAUUAAAAAAAAUGAUGCCUUCUGUGAUAAGAUUUAAAACCCGCGGGAGGGGGAAAAAGGGGGGCUGGGGGAUGUAGAAAGCGAAUAAGAGGGAUAAGGAAGGGGGGGGGGGGGUAGAGGAGUUGAAAACAACAACAAAGAGUAACAAAAAGAAAAACAAAACAAAAACACAAUGCAACAUAAAGAAAACCCAAAAUCCGUUUUUUUCGGUUUUUUUUCGAAUUUUCGUAACGGUUUUCGCAUCCGCGUGGCUCGGGCGAAAAUAUCGUAAAAGCACACCAACACGUCACAUGCACUCACACAUGCACACACACACCCACAAAGCUCAACUGGGGCACCCUAGCUGGCGGCAGCCAUCACAGCACCGGACAGCCCAAGGAGUCCCAAGCCGCCCUCGCCCUCGCCUGCUGGUUGGCCCCAUUUCCCCCUGUCCUGUGGUUUUUGCUCCUCUUCGGGCAAAUAUUCGAGUAUAAUGCAACAUUUCCGGUUGUGGCACGUGGCACGAUUUGAAUGGAAGAUGUAUGUAUGUGUUGUAUGUCGUGGGCGGCCCGACGCCGCACACACCCGCCAACCCCGGGCGGCGAAGGGCCGGCCGGACAGGUAGAUAGCACCAUUUUUUUGCACGUGAACAUACAAACAAAACAAUGCAAAGAAAGAAGCAGAAGCAGAAGAAGAAAAGGAAGAAAACACAAGUAAUAAUGAAAACGUCUCUAACUGUUCAUUUUUUUUCCAAAACUAAUAGCAAUAAUACAAAAGCAACAUUACCAACUAGUGAAGAAUCAGGUAGAUGGGUGAGAGAGAGGGAGAGAAAGAGAGAUAUAGAAAGAGAGAGAGAGAGAGAGAGAGAAGAGAGAGAGAGAGCGAGAGAGCGAAACAGUAUCGAACAAACUCCUACGAUACUUACAAAUUACUUUACAAGCAAUGUAUUUCAUAAAGCUGGUAUUCGGUGUUUUAACGGUUAAUUGCAACAAAAAAAAAUCACUCUAGGUUAAGCGAUGCAACUACAAAGGAUAAUGGAAGAGUAAAGCAUGAAAAGGCAAAAGGGAUACAAAGAGCAACAAAACGAGAAAAGGAAAGAUGAAAAGGAAAGAGAAGGAAAAGCAAAAACAAAAACGGAACAAUAGAGAGAAAAAGUAAAGUGAAGAAAGAACAUGAAAAAACAUUCACUAACAGCAGCAAAAGGGAGCAGCAGAGCAACAGGCAGAAAAGGAAAGAGGAGAGAGAGAGAGAGAGAGAGAGAGAGAGAAAGAGAGAGAGAGAAAGAGAGAGAGAUACAUAAAUUGUUAUAUAACGAGAAGAAGAAAAAAAACUAAUUACAAUUCCACCGCAAAACUUAUUACGUUUAAGGCUAAUUGUUUACUAUUUAAAGAUUACCAAUAUGUGCACUUUUCUAAGUAAGUUUAUGGGCAAUGCGACAGAAAGAGAGAGAGAGAUAGAGAGAGAGAGAGAGAUAGAGAGAGAGAGAGAUAGAGAGAGAGAGAGAGAGAGAGAGAGAGAGAGAGAGAGAGAGAGAGGGAGAGAAAGAGAGGAAGCAACAACACUCUAAAUGAAGAAAAAGAAACGAAGCGAAUCUCAACGACCCAUGGGCUGGCAAGCAGAGCAAAAACAAAAAAAAACAACCUAAAGCUGUUAAUUACUGACCAUGUAUAUGUUCUUAGACAUCUAUCGAUAAUAAAAACUAAAACCCUACAAAAAAAAACAACAACCAAACACAUCCCCACCCGGCAUCAAACAAUCUCCUCCGCAAAAACGGCAACUAUUACCCGGCGCUCUAGCAGCAAUCGAACACGACAUCGAACAUGAAAAAUGUAUGGGAUUUGACAUGUUUGUCUUGUUUGUUUGUUUGUGUCUGACAGUGCACCUCCAUAUGAUUAUAUGGGUUUGUUUGUGUCGGAUGUCGUGUUCGAUUGCUGCUAGAGCGCCGCCUUAGUUGAUGUUUGUGUUGGAGUUUGUUUGUUGUUGUUUUUUUUUUCUUCAGUUCCCACAUUGACCCUCGAUGAUGACAGUGAUCCAUCUGCACAAGCAGUAGUAGUGCAGGAGCGGAAAAAGCGGAAAGAAAAGCUCACCACAAGCUGAAGAAGCGGACGAAACAAGCGCGCUCGAUUCGCGCUGAAAGGAGAAAGAGACACGAACAGUGCGUGCGGCCCGCUCGCUCCACAAACAAACGGCGCGGGCGUGUGUGCGUGUGUGUGUGCGAGCGCUUGCCGAGCUGUCAUUGAAACGCUGCAGGCAUGCGUCGUGCGGUGCCGCGCGUUUACAACCGCCGGUCGAACGCUUGAACCGUUGUUUACCGUGCCGCUAGCAGCAAUAAAAACCCUCCGCCGGCCACUGUUGCGACCCGUUUCGGGGUGAGCAAGUGUGCGGCAACGAUUGACGAACGAUCCCGCAGGACGGGGCCACCCCGCACGCACACCAUCCCGCGGAACUGUACCGCCGGGUCAGCACCCGGACGCGGCAUAGCAAACGCUGCGCCGCCGAUGUGACGACGCUCUGUGUAUAGCGACCAGGCAGCGAUUGGUGGCCAAUAGGAGAGCGAAUCAUUGCGCGCAUCGGUUUCUAUUGGUACUGCCUGCCCACCGUCCGAUACGAACGAACACCUUCCGCAGGGGUUGGAGGGGUGGGGGAAGAGGGAAAGAAAAACUAACGGGGCCUAGCGGCCAAAGGGUACGGCGAGCGGUGUGUGCAAGCGGUGCGAAGAGCUGUGUUGUGGUUUGUGUUUUUUUGCUUUGGUGCGUGCUGCUUUUCUUCGUGUGUGCGUGUGUGUAUUGUGUGCGCGUCCACUGGUUGUUUCCGGGUGAGCGGGGGACGGGGCGGCGGUGCGCCCGCAGUAGUGCCCGAGCGACAACAGUGAACAACAAAUGGCAAACGUAAACAAGAAGCACCCAGCCGGGAAUGCUCGGGCAGCAGGGUGAGAGUGGCACGGGCCCCGGACUCGUCGCGAGGUUCCCUCCUCUCAUUCUCCCUUCUGCCAGGGGCCUGGCCAGAGUGGGGAGCGGGUGGUGAGGUUAGUGAGAGACGCAAUCAACUUGUGAGCCAGGACACUUACUUCCUGGGUGGUUUUUUUUCCGAGCCACCAUCAAGCCAGUGGCUAAAAG